AAGGGAGUUUUGCUCGGAUUAUUAGUAGUACUUCGAUAUACUGCGUCCAUUUUUGUCUCUCUUUUCAGGACCUCAGUUGUAAAGAAAUUCUCAGGCCCCCAAACCAGAACAGCCAUCGCGCAUGCCAUAGCUAAAUUCCCCUGACGGACAGCUUCGAAUUGACUAGCCAUUGUGCAGCUACUGGUCAUUAACACAACAAAAAAGAAGUCUGAGGGCUAUUGCAGCUUGCCCACCUAGCCGCCAUUGAUUUUACCAAGCUCAAUCCACCGCACCCGCACGCAAACCUCUCCUCAGCCCCUGGCGCAUUUUUAUUCAGGGUUCUCUCGGUUCGCGGCCCUGUCUCGGGAAAGCCAUGGCACCAAGGGGGCGCGGUGGGAGGACAAUAUCAGGAGGUAGUCCACAAGUGCGAAGGACAAGUGGUGGAGGAGUCGGCUCAAGAUCAGAUGCAGCUGUCGCGCGGCCAUCGUCGAGGGCUGGAAGCUCGCGAGGGAGAGGGCGGGGGAGAGGAGGGGCUAGGGUUGGAGCUGGCGCACGAUCUCGAGAUACCGAUAUUCAACCUGGCGACCCUCUCCCGCGGCGGCACCGGUACAAACCCGGCACCCUCGCCCUCAAAGAAAUCCGCCGUUAUCAAAAGUCCUGGGACCUCCUCCUCCUCAAACUCCCCUUUGCGCGUCUCGUUCGUGAAGUCGCCGUCGACCUCCUUCCAGCUGGCGUCGGUGAGGAGCUACGAUGGCAGUCCCAGGCCAUCCAGGCCUUACAGGAAGCUGCGGAAGCAUUUCUCGUCCACCUAUUUGAGGACACGAAUCUCUGCGCAAUACAUGCCAAACGAGUCACUAUCAUGCAAAAGGAUAUACAAUUGGCGCGCCGCAUUCGGGGUGCGUGGGCCGGGCUGGGAUAAAUCUGACUCUGUUUCUUUGUGAAGUUCCAGGGCUAUGUCUGUUCUUGGACGUGGAACUGGAAGAAGAGAAGGAAUGUUUGUAUAUAGAUUUGUUUUGAUUACCCCCUCUUCGUUUUUUUUUUCUAUCACAGGGCAUGCAUUGGUCGGUCUGGUUUGUCGGGUAUAACAUUUAUUCUUUUACUUUUAUUCUGGGCGUUAUUGAGAGAGGGUAGGACACAUCCGGCAGACUACGGUUAUGCUAGGAGUUUUGUUGGGCGUGUUGGAGUCUUUCUGUUUUUCUCUUUUGCUAUUUGUCACUUUCCAUAUUUAUGGGGAGAGGAUUAAACAGAAGGAAAGAAAGAGAAAUGCGGAGGAAGAUAAAGAGGUUAUAAACAACGCUUGAUUGGUUGAUUGAUAUCCUUUGGCGAU